AUGAGGUUUUCUUCAUUGUUGGGGCCUGCGGCGGCCGGCUGGCCGACGCUUCUCUCCAUUUUACCAACCAUCCACGCCCUAUCGUUCGACUCGGUUUCGACUCCGAAAUUGGACCUCGCAUCGCUGGGACGGGUGACAAUCACUGGUGAUUUCGAUGGUGUCUCACUCUAUCAGUACCACGGACAAUCGGAGCAAGCUCAUAAAAAUGGCACCCACUCCAUCCUCACCCCUCUUCCGAACGGCAUCCUCACCAACCUCUCUUCCUCCGACGCACAGAUUAAAACUAUGUGCCCCUUUACGGAAAAGGACGGAAAUUUUGCUGGGAUUUUCGUGGGCGGGAAUUUCACUAGCCUGGGGGGUGUGAAGUCUCCCGGCGCCGCGCUCUUCAACCCGACCUCCGGCAAGGUCACGGCUUUGCCGGGCCUCUCGGGUUCGGUGUCAACUGUGUUGUGUGACCAGGACUCCAACCGCGUCUACGUGGGCGGGUCCUUCACGCACGACAACUCUUCGAAUGUCAUUGCCUGGUCUCCUGACGACGGCUGGACCGACCUUCCAUUCGACAGCGUGAACGGACCAGUCAACUCGAUCUUGAAGACCAGCAAUGGCCAUAUCGUCUUUGGGGGAUCAUUUGACGGCCAGAGUAACUCAACCAGCUCAUCAAAAGACAAGGAUUCGAAAGACAAGGACUCGUCGAAAUCGAAAGACAAGCAAAUCCUCAACCUUCAAAAUGCGAAGAUCAAAAGCGACGCAGACACCCCGAUGAGCGGCUACAGUGACCCGAAAAAUAUUGUCUGCUCGACCAGCGGCAAGGCUGGCAAGGACCAAACUUAUCUCCUUCACGAUUAUGCUCCUGGAUUCUGGCAAGCCUACCUCGGUUUUGAAUUCCACCCCGUCAAAGUCCGCCUUUACAACACGCACAUGGAUGGACGAGGCACCAAAAAUUUCUUGCUUCGGGCACUUCCUGACAAUGGUAUCAUGAACUUGACUUAUACCGAUGAAUCCGGCAAGAAGUCGAACUGCGACUCAUCUUGCCCGCUCUCUGAUGACCCGGAUGAAAAGUACCGUGAUUUUACCCUGGUAAACCCGGUCGGCAUGGGAGGUUUCCAGAUUGAGUUUCUGGACUGGUAUGGACAGGGAGCUGGCUUGAAUGGUGUUGAGGUUUUCCAAGAUGAAAUAUUCACCUACGCCGUUCAGGACUACAACGAACCCACCUGUGCAGGCAUUCAGUACCCCUCCAAGUCGACGCGCACUGGUCCCUGGACCACCGAGUCUGGCUAUCUGUCCGCGAAGGUGUCCGACACUGAUGCUUCGAAGACGUCGCUUGUUUUUGAGCCUGACAUCAAAGAAUCAGGCAACUACACCAUUCGUGUUUUCACGCCCGGCUGUAGCCAGGAUGGAUCCUGCGCUUCCCGCGGCACUGUGAAUGUGACUGCCACCGUUGCGAACAGCGACGAGGAUUCGAAGCAACCCUCCCCUGCUUUAAUUGCCCAGACAAACGAUCACGACAAAUACGAUACCUUGUUCACCGGCUAUGUCGACGCUAGCAGCGACUCUUUCCGACCCAGCGUCACCCUGCGGCCCGAGGAUGGCCAAGGAGAUGUCACCAUAGUGGCAGGACGCGUGCAAUUUGACUUGAAGUCUACCACCGAAGGGGACCUGAAUGGAGUCUACGACUAUGAUCCGACCUCGAAGAAAGGAAAGACCGAUGAAAAGUCAAGUAUCAGCAAGGCGAUCAGCAAGCUCGGCCAUGACGCUUCGAUUCUGAGUAUGGUGGAGCAUGAUGGUGAUGUCUACGUGGCCGGCAAAUUCUCCCACGACAAAGCUCACCACAUCGUGUCUGUCACUGGCGGUGACACCAAGCCAAUGCCUGGUGGCGGUUUGAACUCUAAGGUCUCGGCGAUGACUGUCCUCGAUAAUACUCUGUAUGUCGGAGGUCAGUUUAAUGACACGUCCGACGGAGGCGAGGACGGUAUGGACCAUGUGGCGUCUUACUCAUUUUCCUCCAAGAAGUGGUCGGCUUUGGGUGCAGGAUUGAACGGGCCUGUCGACUCGGUCUACCCUCUCCAAUUGAAUGUGUCGACGGCGAUCAACGAGACAACCGUUGCCGUGAGUGGUAACUUUGACCAAAUCCGUGCGUUUAACGGCCAUCCUUCGGUUUCAGUUGCUGGAUUUGCCAUCUGGGUCCCCUCGCGUAAGGCCUGGCUGCAGAGUCUUAAUGUCACCCAGAUGGAGUUCGCUGGUUACCUGUCAGCAGUCGCCGCCGUCAAUAACACAUCAAUCCUGGCUGGCAGCUUGACCACGGAUGGGAUCACCACUGGUGGCGCUGUGUCAUUGCACCAAUCCAAGGACUUGAACCUGGUGCCUCUGUCGAUGAAGGUGGACCACACCAAAUCGAGCACGGGGCUGAUGACUGGUGCUUAUGAUACUGAGUCGAAGCGCAAUCUGACCAUCUUCGGUGGUCAUUUCACCGCCACCGGCAGCGACGGGUCGGCUAUCGAAAACGUCGUGAUCCUGAACGGCAGCGACUCAACUCUCUCUGGCCUGCCCCGAGGAGUCGAUGCCAACUCAACAGUUGUCUCAAUGAUCGUUUCAAACAACACGCUCUAUGCCGGUGGAAAUAUCACCGGCUCUACUGGUGAUAACAACUUGGGUGGUUUGGUCGCGUACGAUCUGUCCAAAAACGAGUUCUCCCCAAAACAGCCUUCGGCUCUCUAUGGCGAAGAUGUCAUUGUCAACUCCAUCGCCAGUCGACCAGGUUCAAGUGAGGUCUAUGUGGGUGGGAGCUUUGACACGGCCGGACAACUGCCAUGCGUUUCUGUUUGUUUCUUUGAUUCAAACGAUGGCACCUGGAAUCGGGCCGGUGUGACUAUUAGUGGUACGGUGCUGACGCUCGACUGGGCCAGUCACAACAAGCUGCUCGCCGUGGGUGACCUCGAGAUCUCAGGCAACAAAUCUGCGAUCGCGACAUACGAUGCCCCGUCCUCGAAUUGGAAAUCUUUCCCCGGGGCCUCAAAGAGCGAGAUCCCAGGAACAAUUACUGCGUUUGCGCCGGCCAGCGAAGACUUGUCAAAAUUCUGGCUUGGGGGUACUUCCACCAAUGGCUCAAGUUUCCUGCUGAGUUAUGACGGCUCCAAGUUCCAAUCUGCCGGCAAACUAUUCUCUGAAGGCACGGUCAUCCGUGGCCUCGAAGUCCUUCCCGUGUCUGACGACCAUUCGAAGGUCUCUUUGUUGAACGACGAUCAGACGUUACUGAUCAUGGGUGAUCUUGUGAUUCCGGAUUUUGGAAAUGCAUCUGCGGCGCUCUACAACGGAAGUGCGGUGACGCCUUUCAUCCUGUCGACGCGAUCCGAUGGCCGGUCCGGCAGCAUGUCGCAACUGUUUUCGGAACACCAAAACCCCUACACCAACCACAAAACAGCGGAACACCACCACUCAAAUGGGAUCGUCGUUCUGGUGGCCUUUUGCUGCGCCCUGGGCUGCGUCUUCCUCAUCGUUCUCGCCGGUGUGAUCCUCAACAAGAUCCAGCGCCGCCGCCAAGGCUACACAGCCGCUCCACAAACCUUUGGCACCGAUCGACCAUCCGACAUGGAGCGUGUACCGCCCGAAUAUUUGUUCAAUUCGCUACGGCAGCCCAAUCCCAGUGCACCCGUCAUUUAA